GAAUGUGACAGCAUCAGGGCAUUAUUUCUCCAGUGGGGUGGAGGGAUACCAUACAAAGAGGGCAUUAGGGACUAUUUCCCUGGUAUGGCAGAUGGACACCGAGGCACACUCUUGGGGACUAUUUCUCCACACGGCGGUGGGAUAUCACAGAAGAGACACCAUCACUGGGGUCUAUUUACUCGACAUGGCGGAAGGGCACCGGGGUUAUUUAACCAGCAAGAGAAAGACACCGCGGGGAAGAUGGGGCCUAUUUUCUCUGCACUAUUUACCCUGCCUGGCAGAAGGACACUAGCACAGAAGGGCAGAGAGAUACUGGAGAGGUGGUGAACCACCAGGGACUAUUUACCCAGCCCAGUGGAGGAGCAAACCAGGACAGGAAACUACUUAAUCUGCGCAGCGGCCGGCCACGGGACUACUUUGCCAGCAUGGUGGAGGGAUACCAUGGAGAAAAGUUGACAAGAUGCAUGGGUGGGGGCAGAGGGGGGCCGAGAGCCAUUGAACCAAACUGCAAACCCUGGAUAUGUUGGAAACCACGUCAAGCCGCACCCCAUGUCCCAGCCCGUGUGUGGGGAACUAUUUAGCCUAUGGGGUGGAGAGAUAUUUAACCUGCUCUUAAGAUGCUGGGGUGUUAUCAGACCCACGGGGGUAGCAGCCCUGCGGAUGGAUACGGGGCAGGAGGUUGCUGCGAUUCGUCCUGCUCAGCUGAGGGAUUCUGGGCACCAGGGUUAUGACCCCACCCCAAUGGGGCACCACUGGGAUUAUAUACCCUGCGGAGGGAUAAGAUGUUAUGGGAUUACACGGCCUGAGGAGGAAUAUGGGGGCAGGCAGUGACCCCCCCCGGGGCUAUACCGCCCACAGAUGGAUACGGGGGACAUCACAUCGGGGGCUAUGUGGACUGUGGAGGGAUACAGGAGAGAUGUGAGGUGCCAGGCUGGGAGCUAUAUGGACCGUGGAGGGAUACAGGAGGGAUGUGAGGUGCUAGGCUGGGAGCUAUACGGACCGUGGAGGGAUACAGGAGGGAUGUGAGGUGCCGAACUGGGAGCUAUAUGGACCGUGGAGGGAUACAGGAGGGAUGUGAGGUGCCAGGCUGGAAGCUAUACGGGCCGUGGAGGGAUACAGGAGGGAUGUGAGGUGCCAGGCUGGGAGCUAUACGGGCCGUGUAGGGAUACAGGAAGGAUGUGAGGUGUCAGGCUGGGAGCUAUACGGACCGUGGAGGGAUACAGGAGGGAUGUGAGGUGCCAGGCUGGGAGCUAUACGGGCCGUGGAGGGAUACAGGAGGGAUGUGAGGUGCCAGGCUGGGAGCUAUACGGACCGUGGAGGGAUACAGGAGGGAUGUGAGGUGCCGAGCCGGGAGCUAUACGGGCCGUGGAGGGAUACAGGAGGGAUGUGAGGUGCCGGGCCGGGAGCUAUACGGGCCGUGGAGGGAUACAGGAGGGAUGUGAGGUGCCGGGCCGGGAGCUAUACGGGCCGUGGAGGGAUACAGGAGGGAUGUGAGGUGCCGGGCUGGGAGCUAUACGGGCCGUGGAGGGAUACAGGAGGGAUGUGAGGUGCCGGGCCGGGAGCUAUACGGGCCGUGGAGGGAUACAGGAGGGAUGUGAGGUGCCGGGCCGGGAGCUAUACGGGCCGUGGAGGGAUACAGGAGGGAUGUGAGGUGCCGAGCUGGGAGCUAUACGGACCGUGGAGGGAUACAGGAGGGAUGUGAGGUGCCGGGCCGGGAGCUAUACGGGCCGUGGAGGGAUACAGGAGGGAUGUGAGGUGCCGAGCUGGGAGCUAUACGGGCCGUGGAGGGAUACGGGAGGGAUGUGAGGUGCCGGGCUGGGAGCUAUACGGGCCGUGGAGGGAUACGGGAGGGAUGUGAGGUGCCGGGCUGGGAGCUAUACGGGCCGUGGAGGGAUACGGGAGGGAUGUGAGGUGCCGGGCUGGGAGCUAUACGGACCGUGGAGGGAUACGGGAGGGAUGUGAGGUGCCGGGCUGGGAGCUAUACGGGCCGUGGAGGGAUACGGGAGGGAUGUGAGGUGCCGGGCUGGGAGCUAUACGGACCGUGGAGGGAUACGGGAGGGAUGUGAGGUGCCGGGCUGGGAGCUAUACGAGCCGUGGAGGGAUACGGGAGGGAUGUGAGGUGCCGGGCUGGGAGCUAUACGGGCCGUGGAGGGAUACGGGAGGGAUGUGAGGUGCCGGGCUGGGAGCUAUACGGGCCGUGGAGGGAUACGGGAGGGAUGUGAGGUGCCGGGCUGGGAGCUAUACGAGCCGUGGAGGGAUACGGGAGAGAUGUGAGGUGCCAGGCUGGGAGCUAUAUGGGCCGUGGAGGGAUACGGGAGGGAUGUGAGGUGCCGGGCUGGGAGCUAUAUGGGCCGUGGAGGGAUACAUGAGGGAUGUGAGGUGCCAGGCUGGGAGCUAUACGGGCCGUGGAGGGAUACGGGAGGGAUGUGAGGUGCCGGGCUGGGAGCUAUACGGGCCGUGGAGGGAUACGGGAGGGAUGUGAGGUGCCGGGCUGGGAGCUAUAUGGGCCGUGGAGGGAUACAUGAGGGAUGUGAGGUGCCAGGCUGGGAGCUAUACGGGCCGUGGAGGGAUACGGGAGGGAUGUGAGGUGCCGGGCUGGGAGCUAUACGGGCCGUGGAGGGAUACGGGAGGGAUGUGAGGUGCCGGGCUGGGAGCUAUACGGGCCGUGGAGGGAUACGGGAGAGAUGUGAGGUGCCGGGCUGGGAGCUAUACGGGCCGUGGAGGGAUACGGGAGGGAUGUGAGGUGCCAGGCUGGGAGCUAUACGGACCGGGGAGGGAUACAGGAGGGAUGUGAGGUGCCAGGCUGGGAGCUAUACGGACCGUGGAGGGAUACAUGAGGGAUGUGAGGUGCCGGGCUGGGAGCUAUACGGACCGUGGAGGGAUACAUGAGGGAUGUGAGGUGCCGGGCUGGUAGCUAUACGGACCGUGGAGGGAUACAGGAGGGAUGUGAGGUGCCGGGCUGGGAGCUAUACGGGCCGUGGAGGGAUACAGGAGGGAUGUGAGGUGCCGGGCUGGGAGCUAUACGAGCCGUGGAGGGAUACGGGAGAGAUGUGAGGUGCCAGGCUGGGAGCUAUACGGGCCGUGGAGGGAUACAGGAGAGAUGUGAGGUGCCGGGCUGGGAGCUAUACGGGCCGUGGAGGGAUACAGGAGAGAUGUGAGGUGCCGGGCUGGGAGCUAUACGGGCCGUGGAGGGAUACAGGGUGUGUGAGACAUCACUCCCCGUCCCCGGGGCUAUAUAGCCCACACAGGGAUACGGGGGUAGGGGUCACCCUGGGGCUAUAUGGCCUGCGGAGGGAUACAGGGCACGGGAGGCCUCACCCCGCGGAGGGAUACGGGGCGCUAUAUCAAAUGGAAAUGGGUAGGGCAGUGGAGUGCGCACCCGCGGAGGGAUACCUCCCUAGGUCAUGCCCUGCGCGGCUCACCGGGCUGCGGUGAGAGGAACCGCAGCACUGCACACGGCGGCGGAUUAAUCGCCAGGCAGCCAUGGACCCGGUGCCGGCAAUGGAGGUUGGGGCCGAGAUUGAAGUGACCGAAGAUGGCCUGUUGGAGGAGCUGCCGCUACGGCUGGAGAACGCUAAGAACUGCCUCUCAUGGGAAGGCCUGGAAGUCUCCAGCAGCGAUGACGAUGGGGAGAUCACCGCCCCCACCUCCCUGCCCCCCUUGCGCCCACCUCGGCCCCUGGCGCCAAACCUGCUGGCUCCCCCCUUCACCACCAAAUCCCUGCCUCUGGAGAACAUCAUUGUCCCCUUCCGCCCGGGGCCUGCCGCCGCCCCAGGGACCCAGGCGUGCGGGGCCUACCAGUGCCAGGAGUGCUGCCAGGUCUUCGUGGAGGAGUGGCACUACCUCCAGCACGCCCAGGAGCAUGCCCAGGAGCUGGCCCGGCGGCCCCGACCAGCCCUGCCCCACUCCCUGCCCCGGAGGAAGCAGCGCUGCCCAGAGUGCGGAAAGAGAUUCUCCCACCAGCCCCGCUUCACCAGACACGUCAAGUGGCACCUCAAGCUGGCGCAGGCAGGCAUCUGGGUGCAGUGGAGACGGGGAGCCCGGCCUUGCUCCCUCACCUCCUACGUCUACCAGCCACUGGGCGCCGGGAAGAACCAGGCGGGUUCUGGGGAUGUUCCUUGCCCGCCGCCCAGCUGGGAGGGUUCGCCCGGCCUCAGGAAGCAGCAGGGUGGGGCCCGCCCUGAGAGGUGUGUGGGGCAGACGAAGGGGCGUCAGAUGCCCGAGGCCCGGACAGCGAGCAAGGAGCAGGGCACAGAAGGGCCCAAAGGGACCCGGCAGCGUAGACCGACUCUGGGCCGGGAGUUCAGCCUGCCUAGGCCAGUUGGCAUGAGUCCUACCCAGCCAAUGAACAUGGAGGACGAGGGGCGGGCGGCCAUCUUGGACAGCAAGGUUGUCAUGAGUCCGCCACAGCCAAUGAAUGGCCAGGUUAGCGGGAGCGUGCUUCAGGCGGCCAUCUUGGACAGCCAAAUUGGCGGGAGCACAUUUCAGGCAGCCAUCUUGGAUGGCCAGAUUGAUGGGAGCCCUCUCAGGACGCUGGUCAUCAAUACCGAGGAGCAAGCGGCCAUCUUGGAGAGCCUUCUUGGUGGGAGUCCCCCACCACCGGCGCACCUCAAGGAGGAGGCGGCCAUCUUGGCUAGCCUGGUGGGCGCCAGCCCUCUCCACUCUUUCCGGACCGUGGUGGUGGGAGCUGAGGAGCCGGUGGCCAUCUUGGAAGGCCAAGUUGGCAUGAGUCCCCUCCACCCCAUGCCCCUGCGGGCCGAGGAGCUCCCGCCUUCCUUGUUCCUGGAAGCCGAGCCUGGCCUCAGCACGGCGGUGGAUGCGGUGACUCUUCGCCUGGUCCCGUUGCUCCCUGACCCCCAGGGGCUCGUGCCGUGGGGCAGCCAGAUGGUGGGGGAGCUUCCCGACGAGGCCGGAGAUGCUCAGCCCACGGCUUUCCAGCUCACAGGCUACCUUCCGCCACUCAACCAACAGUGCCGCCCCCCGGGCCCGCUCAAACUUCCUCCCUCUCCACGGGCCCCCCUGCUCCUCCACCUGGUGCCCACCCACCCUGACGAGCUGCCCCAGGUGCUGGAGCUGGAGUAUGCACCGGGCAGUGGGCUGGCACCAGAGGCCGGGGAUGACUUUAUCGUGGUGGAGCUGGAGGCGGAUGCCGGUGGGCGGGAGGAGGUGGUGGCCGGCCAACCUGGCACCGCAGGGCCUGAGCGCUCUUUGGAUGCCAGCAGGCGCCGACACUUCUGGUGCCCGGACUGUGGGGUAUGCUACGGCCGGGCAGCCCAGCUCCGCUCCCACCGCCGGGGGCCAGGGCGCCGGCUAUGCGGCUGCGGCCGGCCCUUCCGGGGCCUCCUCCACCUCCUGCGGCACCAGCUCUGGCAGCUGGAGGGCGCCGCCUUCCUUUGCGCCGCCUGUGGGGAGGCGCUGAAGGGGCGCCGGGCACUGGGCCGCCAUGGGGGGCGGCACCCGGGGGCCUCCUGCUUCCACUGUCCCUGUGGGGCAGGCUUCCAGCGCCUACCCCGCUACCUCUGGCACCGGAUCCGGAACCAGCCGCCCGGCCUGGGCGUCUACAGCCUGGACAGCUUCCUCACCCCGGCCUGAGCGGGGGGGCCAGCUCUACCCGGCUCAUGGAGGGCAGGGAGUGGGGCAUGGAGCCUCUCCCCUCGAGGGGGCGCCGGCUCCCAUCCCACUGAGUGACUUGGUCUUGUUCUAAUUAGAUUGUUCCUAAUUAAAGAACUA